AUGGAUAACUCCACAGUGAAUUUAGGAGCAUCUAGUAACUCCACAACUCUUUCUCUUGGGAAAAUAAGCAGUCUGGAGAUUUGUGUGUACAGUUUUGGUUUUCUGUUUGGUCUUCCUACACACUCCUAUGUGAUCUAUCUCAUCAUGACAGGAACAAAAAGCAAAAUUGCAUCCGAGUUCUUCAUCUUCACCCUCUCCAUUUGUGAGAUUGGAAUCAGUCUUGAUGGAUUUUUAUUCAUACUGUCAAUUUAUUUUUCGUGGCUCUUUAAAUUAGCAAUGUUUUGGCAAGGAUUAAUCGUCACAGGUCGUCCUCUGUUUCAAUGUCUGAUCUGUGUCGAGCGUUACCUGGCUGUUGUUCAUCCUGUAACCUUUCUGAAGUACAAACCUCUCAGAUACAGACUGAUGUGUUCUGCUGUUGCCUGGUUCAUUUGUCUCGGCUCAUGCUUGUGCUGUUUAAUCCUUGUGCUCUUUUUUCCCACUAAAAUAAAUACACUUUUUCUUUCUCUUCAGUUUUUGGUCCUUCUCUCCAUUCAGAUGUUUUGUUGUUUGGCUGUUCUCAGAGCUCUGAAGCAGUCAGGACCAGGAGAGAGAGGAAGAGAGAGAGACGAGGAAAACCACAUGAAGAGAAAAGCGUUUCAUAUCAUUCUCAUUAUUACUGUUACCACAUUUAUCACAUAUAUGCCUUAUAUUAUAUCAGGACUAUUAAUGAUAUUGAAAACAGGGUUUACUUAUGGAUUUUGGUUUAUUGGUCUGAUUUGUUAUGUUCUUGCUGGUUUUGUUCAGCCUGUUCUUUAUCUGCACCGUGCUGGUAAACUGACCUUACUUUGUCCUCUAUAA